AUGGUCAUUACCUCGGCAAGUGAUUGGAGACAAACCAUAGUGGCAUACCUUGAAAAAGGAACACUGCCAGAAGAUCGACUGGAAUCCAGGAAGUUGGUCCGGGAUGCGACACAAUAUACAAUUGUGAAUGAUCAGCUGUUUAGGAAAGGGUUGCAUGUGCCUAUGCUGAAAUGCUUGAAUGCGGAUGAAGCAGAAUAUGUUCUGGGCGAGAUACAUGAAGAAAUCAACGGCCAUCACAUGAGAGGCAAAGCUUUGGCUAGAAAGGCCCUUCGAGCUGGUUACUACUGGCCGGUAAUGCAGGCAGAUUCAAAAGACCAUGUGAAGAGAUGCAAAAGUUGCCAGAAGCAUGCCAAGAUACCUGCUGAGGUGGUCACUGAUAAUGAAACACAAUUCGCUGAUAAAAGGUUCCAACAUUUGAUGAAGGACCUGCAAGUCAAACAUUGCUUCGCAUCUGUGGAACACCCACAGUCAAAUGGACAAGCUGAAGCGGCAAAUAAGAACUACUACCCAAACCGCAACGGGGGAAACCCCUUUUCGGCUAAUAUAUGGUUGCGAAGCUAUGAUCCUAGUAGAAAUUGGAGAACCUUCUUGGAGGAAGAUAAAUAG